CCUGAUUAUUCUGGUUUCCAUAGCGACACAAUCCUUAUUGGCUCGCUCCAUGAACAAACAACUGAAUUCAGGCAUCAGUUUAAACAAAAUCAACAACCAACAGGAACUAGGCAUACCUGGUUCACCUCAUUCAAGCAAAGAGUCUGCUCCCCAAAAGGAAGAAUCAAUACACACAAACUACGACUCCACGGAUGAAAUCAUAGGACCAUUUGAUAUGGAAAAAGGAGCCCUAUCGACGCCGCCUUUUUUACCUAUUGAAUUAGAGGAAUCGGAAUUAGAUAAGAAGCUGCUAGGACUGCCGGGAUGGGAGUACGUUAUGGUUUCUCUGGUUGUUGUCGCUGCUGUUGGAGUUGGAGGAAGUGUGGCAAUCGUCUGCAAAAAGUGUUGUGGUUUAGCGGGAAGAAAAGCUAAUAAUAAAGCUGAAAAUUGCUGAUGUUGACAGAAAAACGAUCGCAAAUUGGUUAUUAAAUUAACUUAUUUUAGAGUGUGUUUUUAAAAAUUUUUAAAAUUAGUAAUUCCAGUUGUUCAUUUGAUUUUUGU